UAAUAAUCGAAAUUUUACGAACAGCGCCUCUAGUGUUUAAAGCGUGGAAUUAAACAUUCCUAAAUCAAAACAUUGACACGAGUGUUUGUUUAUUAUUUGCAUCUUGUAAAUUAAGGGAAAAUGUCUUUCAGAGAGCUUAGAAGUUUUACAGAAAUGAUGCGCGCCUUGGGCUAUCCUAGAUUGAUUUCCAUGGAAAAUUUCAGAAAUCCAAAUUUUUUGUUAGUUGCCGAAAUCCUUCAGUGGUUGGUUAAAAGAUAUGAUCCAAAUAUUGAAGUGCCUAGUGAGAUUGAUACAGAACAGGAUCGUGUUAUUUUUAUUAAAUCUAUUGCCCAAAUCAUGGUAACAAAAGCAAAUAUUAAAUUAAAUACAAAAAAGUUAUAUAUGGCUGAUGGUUAUGCUGUAAAAGAAUUGCUUAAGAUUUCUACUUUGUUAUAUGAAGCUAUGAGGACCAAAGCUGGAAAUGAUUUGGACAGUAGUGGAGAUGAAGGUUCUUUAAAUGUUAACUUUGAUUUAUCAACAAAGCUUGCAGAUUUGAAAUUAACUCGUCAACUGGCAUCAGAUAUUACUAUUAAAGGUGCCUCAUUAUAUGAUUUACUUGCCAAAGAAAUUGAUUUGAGGGAUAAACGUUCAUUAGUUCUGGCCAAACAGCAUGAAAUAACAGAAAUUGAGAAAGAAUUACGCAAUUGCAUUAAAGCAGUUGAAGAAGAAAUACAGAAAACUCAUCAAAUGAUAGAAAAUGUAGCAUCUGAUGAAGCAAAUUUGGAAGCUAAAAUAGAGAAGAAAAAAAUAGAACUAGAAAGAAACCAAAAAAGAUUUCAAACAUUAAAAUCCGUUAGGCCAGCUUUUAUGGAUGAAUAUGAAAAAUUAGAAAAAGAGCUGGAAGCUGUCUACAAUCAAUAUCUUGUAAAAUUUCGAUGUUUAGCUUUUCUAGAACAACAGCUAGAGGAACUUGAAAAGGCCGAACAAGAACAAAUGGAGGAAAGAGAACAACAAAUUAAAAAGAUGGUUGAGAAACUCAGAGAAGAAGAAUUACUUCGAAGUGAUGCUACCAGCAAUUUAGAUGAUAUAACUAUUGCAGAAGGAGAUAAUAUUGACAUUAAUGAAAAUAUGAAUAAAGAAAAACCAAAAAGGCCUCAACCUGGAGCAUCUGGAUUAAGGAGAGAUGUUGGAAGAAGAGUUUUUGGGUCUAUGACUGGAGCCGAUAAAGAUGAUAGUUUAGAAAGUGAUUCAGAUCUAGAUUUAGAGGGUGAGGAUGACGAUGGAUCUGAUGUGAGUGAUGGAGAACUUGAUCUCAUGACUCUUGGAGAUAGAAAACCGGUGAUACCUCAGCAUAGCCUUCCAGAUAGUGAUAAUGACUUUUAACACACAAAUUGUUUUAUAAGUUGUUAUUUAUUUUGUUUGAAAAUUAGUUUAAUAAA